AUGGGGGUCUAAAAAUAAAUAAGUCCUAACCUGUUGCACAUUAAAUCUAAUGAGAAUUUGGACUGGGUAGAAAAAAUAAAGCAAAUCGUCUACAUGCAGCCAGCCAAGGACAGAUUCAAAUUAGAUUAAGUUUUUGAAGAAAGCAACACGCAGGCUAUCGUAAAAGCUUUCAAGAUUCACCCAAAAGGAUCUCGCCUAUUGAUACCUGGGUCGGCUACAUCUGAAAAAGCUGAUAGCAAGUUUUUAAAACGAUGA